UCAGAGGAGUGUCAGCCCCAAUCCUCUUACAACUUCUAAGCUAUAAGGUGCUCAUUCUAUACCUUUACAAAGAGCCCUUUAUUUCCCACAGGGUAAUUAGGCCAGAGUGCAGUUAGGGUCAUUCUUAAUGUCAUACAGAGGUUUGGUGAAAGGCUGGCAUGAAGCUGUCCAGGCUUUGGAUAGGGAGGAAUGGGAUUUGGCCUUGGAAUUAUUCUCCAGAAUCAAAGAGCCUUCUUCCAAGAUCUGCUUCAACAUGAGCUGCGUGCUCCUGCUAACUGGGAAUCCGGAAGCAGCCCUGCAGGCAUUGGAUCAAACAGUGACUAAAGACUCUUGUCUGGCUGUUGGAUUCUUCCUGAGAGGAAUGGUUCACUUUCAACUAGAAAGGUUCCCAGAAGCUCUUUCUGAUUAUGUCCAGGCCUUGGUCAACCUCAGAAACAAUACCUUCAUUGACUAUAAGCAACUGGGUCUUCGUUACAAAUUACAAGCUUGGGAGGUGUUGUACAACAUGGCGGCUGUGCAGUGCCAGCUGGGCCUUUGGGAAGAAGCCACCAAAUGCUUAGAAAAGGCUAUCUCCAAGAGACCAGAGGGAAGUUCAGCCACUCUUGAGGCUGCCCUGGACCGGAUACAGAAACGAACUUUUCUGGACCUUCUACAAUUUCCCAAGCGUGAGAUCUUUCGUCCCCGGAAGAAGGAUGUAGAGCAGCUAAAUUCCAUGGAUUUCCUGGGGAAGCCCAAGGUCAUUUCAUCUGUUAAUCCUAAUGACAAGUACACUGGUUUUGAGCCUCUCAGGCCACAGAGAAUCCACUGGCCAGUUUCCCCGAUGGAGCCUGUCAAUCCCCUGAAAGUGGACAAACUGGAAGGUCACAAUGGAAUCCCAUGUCCACCCACAAAGGGACCUCCUAAAAGGCCCCAUUUAAACCAAGCUGGGGAACCAGUUUCUCCACUUCAAGGACUCCCUCCUUCUGAAGGGAUCAUCCUGGGCUCCACAAUAUGUCCUGAAACGUCGGUCCCAUCAGCUCAGGGAGAGGUCUCCAGCAACCCAGACACAUCCGUCAACCUCAGAGUGCAUUGUACUUUUACCGUGACCUUGGAUGUGAAAAGGGGAGCAUCUGUGCCUGUCCUCAGAAAUAUGCUGAGAGACAAGCUCCUGCAGCGAUUAGAAGGUGCACAGCUCAGUUACAGCCACCAGGAUAAUGGGAAGUUCAUUACAAUUUCUGGGGAAGAGGCGUGUAAAAAAAUGUGGCAGGAGGCAGCAGCAGACAGAAGACUGAGUCUCCAGUGCCAGGGAACAGAGUGCCGUGGAGGCCGACGUGUGCUCUAUCAAAUGGUUGCUCAGUACAGCUAUUCUGCAGAGGGACCUGAAGACCUAGAGUUCCAGAAAGGGGAUACCCUGGACAUUCUUUCUGAAGUGAAUGAAGAGUGGCUGGAGGGCCAUUGCUCAGGUCACAUUGGCAUUUUCCCCAAAUGUUUUGCUCAGUUGGCCAGUGUGACCAAAGAAGAGACUCCAGUGGAGCCAUCCAUGACUUACAGCUUCUGAACCUGGACCAGGCAGUACACAAGGACCAGGCUCCUUGCCAUCACUGGAGUUCCCAUUCCCACAGCCAGAGUGUUCCCCAGGAGUCCUAUCUACAUGAAGAUUCCCCCACCAAAAGAUUCCCACUUAACUUUUUUUUUUUAAUUUCUGCACUUUAAGUUUUAAUAACUCCAAACUGCACCAAGACACUUGGGACACCUGCAUAGGCAACCACAACAAUGUUAACAACCCAUUAUGUGCCUCAGUGAAAAGAAUGGACGAUGGUACAGUGAAAAGAUUGGCAAGAGAUUUCCUAGGACAUGUUUUGUUUAUGAACAACUAGCCUGAGUGUUUACUCUAGCGUCCUAUGAGAAGAAAAGGUAUUGAUUGGACCUGUGAUGUCACUGGCAUAGAGGAUUCUCAGGUGAGGAAACUCCCUCCAUCGAUGCAAAUGUCCGUAAUUUAUAGUCUUAGAAAGUUCCCUAGAGCAUUGAGAGUUUGAGUGAGUUGGCCGGGGUCAUCACGCAAUCAGUUUGUCCCACUUACUUUAGAAGACCCAGGCGUUCCAGCUCCUUGGAGAGAAUCGCUUCCUAAAACAUCAGCUUCCUGACUAAUGGGAUCCAUAGGAGUUGGAACCGGGAAAAGGGAAGUGAGAGAUCACUGAACCCAAUCUCUUCAUUUUAUGGAGGAAGAAAAUGAGGCUCAGAGAAGAAGUGACUUGUCCAUGGUCAUGAGGCUAAGAAAUAGCAGGGCAGGGAUCUGAACCUGGGUCGUCUUCCUCUAGGUCCAGUGCAUCUUCCACUGGGCCCAAUAAUCACUGAGGUAGAAAGAAGCUAGAGGGCAGCCAGAUCAUUCCUGACGACCCGCCUUAGAACCCAGAAUUCCAGACCCCUGGCCCACUGCUUUAGAUAUGUUCUCCUCCUGCCUAUUCAUUUUUCAGAUGAGGCCCAGAGGGGAAGAGACUUGCACAAGGUCAGUUAGUGGCAGAUCUUGGACUACAUUUCUUCAUCCUCUGAAAGGAGAAUAUACCUUAUGAAAGAUAUUAUUACAACUGUUAACUAUCAUCUAGAAAGAAAAUCUGGCUCAAUACUCAAUUCAGGUGUAGAGUUAAUGAAAUAGAAACACCUUUGUGGUAUUAUUAAAAAAGGAGGGGAGGGGCAGCUAGGUGGUGCAGUGGAUAGAGCACUGGCCC